CAGAGAAAUGUUGAAUCAGAACAGCAACUUAUCGUACGAAGUCCAGAGGCCGAGAUUUACCCUGGACGAAGAUUUGGUGAAAAAUGAUCUUUAUAUUGGAAUGAUGUGUUUGGUACUUGCUAUCUUCAUCGUUAUGAGUAACGCACUGUUGAUGAUAGCACUUUGGAGACAGAGAGCACGCAAGCUGAACACCCACACCCUUGUGUUCUGGUUAGCAGUAAACGACAUGUUGGUGGGAAUAUUUGUCAUACCCAGCACUCUACCCUCACUAUUCACUAAACGACAGAUUGAAAUACCGCAAAGCUUCUGUGCUGUAUCCGGUGUGGUGACGUCAGUAACAGUUACUAUGAGCGUUCUUAUUGUCAUGUGUCUUACUGUCGACAGGUUUAUCGCAGUUAAGUUUCCAGUCCGUUAUCCCAGAAUCUGCAGUAGAGUCAGGAUCCACCUUAUUACUGGUAUUGUCUGGGUUGAAGCAAUCCUCUUCAGUGUCAUACCACUUCUCCCUCAGUUCGGGGGUUACAGAUUUAACCCCGUCACGUGCACGUGCAACAAGAAGAUAGGGCGCGACAAGACCAACCCGUUCAGCAUCUCCUUCUUCGCGCUGUGUGUGGUGGUUCCUCUUAUAACUGUUGUGGCUGCUGGAUCAGCUAUUGUCAUUAUCCUGUUGAGGAAACCUAAAUUAUCUGCUCAACUUCAAAGGAUAAGGGAAGCAUGCGUUACGACUCUGCUAAUUGUUGGAGCGUACUUCGCUUGUGUUCUGCCCUACACAAUAGCUUUUAUAAUUUGGAACAAACGACACAAAUCUAAAGAGAGUUUGAUGCAUGAAUCUUGGCCCAUGUAUUGUUUGAUAAUAACGUUCUGUAACUCUCUACUCAACCCUAUCAUAUACCUCUCUAGAUCCGGCCGCAUGAGAAAAGAGGUAAAAGCUGUGAUGCGUCAAACGUCCUCUAUUCUCACCAACAUGUCCUCCAGACGGAGUAGAGAGGGAGAGCAACACUCCAGAUCUCCCAGAUUAUCAUAAUUAAUUGGCUAAUUGAUUAAUUGAAAUAACACUUGGAUUCAAACAUUAUACGAUUAUACCGUAAACACUAAACACUCCUAUCACAGAUCUGUAGUUUCAAGGUUAACUAUAGCUAGUAUAUAGGUUAACCCAAGUUAAUCGUGAUUGAUCAUCAACGCGGGUGCUUUGUCCCAUAUUUAUUCAUGGUGAUCACUUUUUUCCCCCUCUAGAACAGAUAAUUAAUUAGUUUUACCUUCAAUAAUUUAAUUAUUUGGGUACACCGGGAAUGUUUAUGCAUUACAUACCGUCACAUUUACGCUGAGUGACGUCCUGUUCGGGUAUUAUUUGUGCACGACGGAAUUGGUAUAAUUGUUUACAUCUCAUUUUUAGUAAAUUAUUCUGUUGAAUUAACUGCAAUGCUGUUCUGUGAUAU